AUGGGAAUACAAGCAUUUGCUUUUAGUUCGACUGUGAAAGCGAAGCGAUUGUUUGAGGAAAGAAUUAGUGAAGGAUUGGAAAUGUUCACAGGGGAAGCAAAGGCACAAUUUGUGGAGUGCCCAAAUGAUAUUAAUGGUAUGAUUGAUGCUGCAAAGUUUGCUGAUCUAGCUCUGCUUCUCAUUGAUGGAAGUUACGGUUUUGAAAUGGAAACUUUUGAGUUCCUUAAUAUUUUGCAAAAUCAUGGAUUCCCUAAAAUAAUGGGAGUUCUUACACAUAUUGAUAAGUUCAAGGAUGUAAAGAAACUUAAAAAAACAAAACAGCGCCUCAAGCAUCGAUUCUGGACCAUGGGAAGUAUGCUAAAUACAAGUAAACAUGUUAAAUGCAAGAAGCCCGCAGAAUUAGCCGGCUCAUCUGGUCAGCAACUUGGGGGUGUACUUCAGAGGAAACGAAGCAACGACAAUUUAUUCCCUCAAAAUACUGCUUUGGUUGAUGAACAGUCAAGUGAUCUGAAUCAAAAUUCAAUUAGGAAUGUGGUUGAAAGAGGGUUUCAAGCUAGUAAUCUCUAUUUGGCUAAGGCAUGGUUUCAUAGUUCUCAACCAAUGACAAGAAGUCGGUCCUCUGAAUUACGGAGGAGGUAUGUUUCCAUGCAGAACUCUCAAACAUCACUUGGUGUGGAAGCCAUGCAUAAUGUAUCUGGGCACGGUGUCAACAAUUUGAGACAGCAAUUUGCAAAUCCAAAUGGAUUUGGUGAUGUUUCAAUGUGUGAAAUUCCUAACCACUUUAACACAUUUAUGUCUCCAUCCAAUUCAGCUUCAUCUACUUUCAAUGCCCCUCAUACCGAUAACAUAGACAAAGUUUUCUCUGUUGUGAGCAUGCUGAAGGGGACAUUAGAACACAAGAAGCUUAGUAACGAGACUGUUGAAGAUAUCUCCUUGGAACUUUAUGGUGCUCAAGAAGCUUAUAUUUUUGUAUAG